UCUCUCUCUCUCUCUCUCUCGCUCUCUGUUUCUGUCUGUGUCUCAUUUCCACUCGAGCCAGCCGAGGGUCUCACAGGGUCGAAGGUUUUGCCCUGCGUGAUCCAACCUCAACCUUCUAGCCUUCCAAAUCGGCAUUCAUUCUCCAUGGAUCGGCGUCUCUAACACGGAGAGGGCAACCCUGGGACACAUAAUAGCCAGAGCAAAGCUUUCGGUUUUGUUUUCUCUGUAGAUUGCAGCGUGGUUUUGAGGCUGGUGGUCUUUUGGUUUUUGAAUUGGGAUUCUGAGCUAUGCCUGCUGCAGUAACUUGUCCUGGAUACUUGUGAAUUGCUCAUGUCCAAAAGACGGAAGAAUGGCUCAUGGAAUUCCAUCCCAGGGUAAAGUUACCAUCAGCGUGGAUGAGUACAGCACCAACCCCACCCAGGCCUUUACCCACUACAACAUCAACCAGAGCAGAUUCCAGCCCCCUCAUGUGCACAUGGUGGACCCAACCCCGUAUGACACUCCGAAACCUGCAGGCCACACACGCUUCGUCUGUGUCUCUGACACGCACUCCCGAACAGAUGGCAUCCAGAUGCCCUAUGGAGACGUCCUCCUUCACACAGGCGAUUUGACUGAGCUGGGACUGCCCUCCGAGGUUAAGAAGUUUAACGACUGGUUAGGAAGUCUUCCUUAUGAAUUUAAAAUCGUAAUUGCUGGAAACCAUGAGCUGACGUUUGAUAAGGAGUUCAUGUCGGAGCUGGUGAAGCAGGAUUACUACCGCUUUCCGUCUGUGUCCAAGUUGAAACCAGAGGACUUUGACAAUGUUCAGUCACUCCUGUCGAACUGUUUAUAUCUGCAAGACUCGGAGGUGACAGUAAAAGGAUUUCGAAUAUACGGGGCACCUUGGACCCCCUGGUUCAAUGGGUGGGGUUUUAACCUUCCGAGAGGUCAGUCUCUAUUGGACAAAUGGAACCUCAUUCCAGAGGGCAUUGAUAUCCUCAUGACCCACGGACCGCCACUUGGUUUCCGAGACUGGGUUCCGAAGGAAUUGCAAAGAGUCGGCUGUGUAGAGCUCUUGAACACAGUGCAGAGGCGGGUGAGGCCCAAGUUCCAUGUGUUUGGAGGUAUCCAUGAAGGUUAUGGGAUAAUGACAGACGGUUAUACAACAUAUAUAAAUGCCUCAACCUGCACUGUCAGUUUUCAGCCAACCAAUCCACCUGUCAUAUUUGACCUCCCAAACCCACAAGGAUCCUGAGGCACUGACCCACAUCAGGAAGUGGGGAAGGUCUGCAAGCUACCAUUUCUUUCUAACAAUAAGACCAGUGAAUCCUAUUAAAUAUUUCUUUCCAAAUUAUUUGGUAUUUUGUAAACUGCUGGUAAUAUUUAAAAAAAAAAAAAAGGGAAGAAAUGUCAUGCUGUUGAAAAAUGGUCUGGCUCUUUUAAAAUGAAGCUUUGUGAAUUUGUAUACCUGCCAUAUAUAUUUUGUUUGCAUUUUGCUAGAUAAAUUGUUAAAUGCAGUUGUAAUAUGUAUGGACAAUUAGGCUUUCGUUUGGGGGGGGGUAAAGAACAUGACGUAAAAUAGCUGAACAUUGUUAAACAUGAGUUUCCUGUGUCCUUUUUGAAAAAUACACUUUUAAAGUUUAAAAAUAAACUUGCUAUUUAUUUAUUGCCGGAUGAAUCAGAAAUUAAUUAGAAUUUUAACUUGUGUUUUCAAGUAAAACUCGGAAUGCACAAAGUUCCUAUCCAUAACAAUAGGGAUGAUUCAUUUGUCUGUACAUGGAUAACCUUAAUUUUAUAGUAUACGUGGCAUAGCAUUGGAAACUGAGAUGUGUUUUCUGUCGCCACUCUCCUUCUCAAUGUAUUGUUCGUAUUUUGUCGUUCAACUGUGACUCGCCUGAUUGCAGUUCCGCAGUUGUUCAACAAAAUUACCACUUCUUUUGAGUUGCAAUUUAAAAUCUCCUAUUUCUGUUUUAGUUUUGAGUCAUCUGGCAUACUUACUGUACAAGCUGACAUAAAACAAAUUACUUUAAUGCUACGA